AUGUCUGUUGAGGAAGGUAUCUCGUCCCAAGAUGUUGGAGACUUCAACCAACAAUUCGGUCGCUUGAACACCAAUGAAGGGCCCGACGGAGAACCUAUACAACGCACCGAGGAGGAGUACGCCGAGUCGCAGCUGACUCUCCGUGCCAUUGUCUCUUCCAAGGAAGCUGGUGUCAUCAUCGGCAAGGCUGGCAAGAAUGUAGCUGAUCUUCGCGAUCAAACUGGAGUGCGUGCUGGCGUUAGCAAGGUCGUACCUGGUGUUCACGACCGCGUUCUUACCGUCACUGGCGCUCUUCGCGGUAUCGCAAAGGCUUAUCUUAUCGUUUCCAAGGGCCUGCUUGAUGGAGCUCCUCAGAUGGGUAUGGGUGGGAUCAUCAACAACAAUGGAACUCAUCCUGUGCGCCUUCUCAUAUCACACAAUCAGAUGGGAACUAUCAUUGGCCGCCAAGGUCUCAAGAUCAAGCAGAUUCAAGAUAUCUCUGGUGUCCGUAUGGUUGCCCAGAAAGAGAUGCUUCCCCAAUCCACUGAACGCGUUGUCGAGGUACAAGGCACUCCAGAGGGGAUCGAGAAAGCUGUCUGGGAGAUCGGAAAGUGUCUGAUUGACGACAGCGAGCGCGGCUAUGGAACUGUUCUGUACAACCCCGCUGUUAGAGUCUCUGCUGGAGCUGGGCCCAUCAGCAACGGUGGUCCCGCAACUGGGGCCGCUCCCACUGGCGGCAGGAGCUCUUACAACCGCACGGGACAUGGCGCCGACUUCAGCGAUCCACAACCGACCUAUAACCGUCGCUCUGCCUCUGAUGCUGCCAACAGGCCUCCUCCACCCACUACCACCGAGGAUGGCGAGGAAAUCCAGACGCAGAACAUCAGCAUCCCUUCCGACAUGGUAGGCUGUAUCAUUGGCAGAGGCGGAAGCAAGAUUAGCGAGAUUCGGAAAUCUUCUGGAGCUCGUAUUUCCAUCGCCAAGGCUCCACAUGAUGACUCUGGUGAGCGCAUGUUCACCAUCACGGGUAGCGCAAGCAGCAACGAGAAGGCUCUUUACCUGCUGUACGAGAAUUUGGAAGCCGAGAAGAUGCGCCGCAGCCAGGGAAGCCAGGAGUGA